GAAGCCAAGAUGGCGGCGAGUAAUUAUUACGGCUUCGCGCAGGGCGCCGGCUCGCAGUACAGCGCCCAGCCUCCGAUGGCUUUUCCCGUCCCAGCUGCUGGAACCAGCUUGGCCGUUCAGCCUGCUCCUGGACUGGGCCCUGCCUUGAUCCCGUUUCCCGAGGCCGCCCAGCCACCCAGGCCCAUCACUCCAGCGGGGUACGGCGGGUACCAGCCCCACCCCGGCCAGGACCUCGGUUACGGCGGCCAGCCCCAGGAGCCUGUGCCGGCGGCCACCAUGGCUCCCUCCUACCAGGACAGUUACAGCUAUGGACCAUCGACAGCCGCUGGUGGCUACGAGAACAAACGGGACCCGCCACCUGCUGCUGGCCAGCCUCAGCUCCCAGCCGUGGCCACGGCCACACUCUGCCCACCAGGGCCCCAAGGAGCCUAUGGUGGCAUUGGGUACAACCAAGCUCAGCCCCUGCCGCAGGUGCCCACCGCCGAGGCGGGGCAGCUGGCCAGCACUUCGCCCUCCACCUACCCCCCUGCGAGCAGCGCUCUGCCCGCGGCCUCCUCCCUCUCCACACUGCCUUCCUCAUCCUCGUUCGGCCCGGCCUCCGCCCCGUACACUGGACCAAGCUGCCCGGGCUAUGACACAUCCCCGUACUCAGCCGUCAGUCCUUACUACCCCCCGCUGCUCCUCCCACAGAUGCGGCCGCCCCCGCUCCCAAAGCCCGUGGACUCGUCCCUGUGGGGCGGCUCGGGAAGCAGUCCCGGUGCCCAUUGCACUGACAGCUUCGCCAAGAAGCUACCAGUUGCCACCAAGCUGCCGAAACCCAGGGGUGGCCCCAAGCAGCUCCUGCUUCACUAUUGUGACAUCUGCAAGAUCAGCUGUGCUGGUCCCCAGACCUACCGCGAGCACCUGGAAGGGCAGAAGCACAAAAAGAAAGAGGCGGCUCAGAAUAUGAGCAUCCAGCCCAGCAGCAGCCCACGAGGGGUGCAGGCGCAGCUGCACUGCGACCUGUGUGCCGUGUCCUGCACCGGGGCGGAGGCCUAUGCCGCCCACAUCCGGGGGUCCAAGCACCAGAAGGUCUUCAAGCUGCACACCAAAUUGGGGAAGCCCAUUCCCAGCAUGGACCUGGCGCCAGCGAAUUCGGCCCAGGCCACCAGCACCAGCCGGCCGGCCUCCACCCCCCUCACCGCAGAGAGCCCCCCCGCGGCCCCUGCCAGCCCCAGCAUGUGUGCCCCAAGCAGGCCAGCGCCAGCCAGGAGACCGGCCGCCUCGAAGGCCUCACACAUGGGGCCUCCUGCGCUGCUGGCGGCAGACAGCAGAUCCCCCCAGGGGAAACCGGCACACCCCAGAUCAGAGCGGCCCGGAGAACUGCCCGCCCAAGGAGGCUCUGUGGAAGCUUCUGGAACGUGCUGUGACGCACAGCCGGUGGGCCCAGGCUAUGUGGAGGAGGUGUGCAACGAGGAGGGCAGAGUGAUCCGGUUCCACUGCAAGCUGUGCGAGUGCAGCUUCAAUGACCCCAAUGCCCGGGACAUGCACGUGAGGGGGCGGCGGCACCGGCUGCAGUAUAAGAAAAAAGUGAACCCCGAUCUUCCGAUUGCGGACAAGCCCAGCACGAGAGUUCGGAAGCUGCUGGAGGAGAGGCUGAGGAAGCAGCGGCAGCUGAGCAAGCAGCGUCUGGGGGAGCUGCGGCGCCAGCAUGACGAGAUGAGCAGGCGCUACGGCUUGUGCAAGAGGUGGCUAGAAGAGGAGCCACAGGCGCAGGAGGCGCGCUCGGGACGCUCACCGCCUGACCAGCAUGCACCUCCCCUCAGGAGCAGGCCGGGGUUGUCCACAGCCAAGCCUCUGCCCAUGAGGCGGCCGGAGUCCAGCGACGACCGGCAUGUCAUGUGCAAGCACGCCGCCAUCUACCCCACAGAGGAGGAGCUCCUGGCCAUCCAGAAGGCCGUCUCCCACUCAGAGCGCGCCCUCAAACUGGUGUCCGACACAAUGGCCGAGGAGGAUUCCGCACGCCCAGAGCCAGAGGGCGGGGAGUGCAGCCGCCCAGGCCCCUCUGCUCGGAUCCUGAAAGGCGUGAUGCGGGUCGGCCUGCUGGCGAAGGGCCUCCUCCUGCGGGGAGACAGGGCCGUGCAGCUGAUCCUGCUCUGCUCCCAGAAGCCCAGCCGCGCGCUGCUGCGCAGAGUCACGGAGCAGCUGCCCCUCCAGCUCCCGAUGGUGACAGAGGACAAGUACGAGGUCUCCUCCGACCCUGAAGCCAACAUCGUCAUCUCCUCCUGCGAGGAGCCCAGGAUACAGGUCACUGUGUCCAUCACCUCGCCCCUGAUGCGGGAGGACCCCUCUGCAGACCGAGAAGGAACAGCGGCGCCUCCGCCUGACCCGGGAGAUGUCCUGAGCUCAGAGAAGUGCCUCCAGUCGCUGGCUGCCCUCCGCCACGCCAAGUGGUUCCAGGCGAGAGCCAGUGGCCUGCAGCCCUGUGUGAUCGUCAUCAGGGUCCUUCGGGACCUCUGCCAGCGUGUGCCCACCUGGGGGGCCCUGCCGGACUGGGCCAUGGAGCUGCUGGUGGAGAAGGCUCUGAGCAGCACGAAGGGGCCCCUGAGCCCUGGGAACGCCGUGAGACGGGUCCUGGAGUGCGUGGCCUCGGGGACGCUCCUGACAGAUGGGCCGGGGCUCCAGGAUCCCUGCGAGAGAGACCAGAUGGACGCUCUCGGGUCCAUGACCCUCCAGGAGCGGGAGGACAUCACGGCCAGUGCCCAGCACGCCCUGCGCAUGUUGGCGUUCCGGCAGAUCCACAAGAUCCUGGGCAUCGACCCUCUGCCGCCCCCCAAAAGCAGGCCUGGGGCGCGCUUCCGGAAGAGGCCACGGGAGGCAAGCGAGGCCGAGGCCGAGGAGGGCGCCGGCCAGAGGAAGCGGGCCGGCGGGGCAGAGAGGGGCCCGUGUGAGCAGCCUCGCCUCCCCAACGGGACCUGACGCCCCACCGAAUGGCUGCUUCACCCCUGACGCUGGGCAGUCCUGUUUUCCUUUGCAGUUAUGUUCCAUAGAUUUCUUUAAAGACACUUGUGCUUAAAUCAUUAGCAAAAUCUCUUCAUCUGGCGAUUUCAGCUGCGGGGUUUGGGGCACAGCGCCCCAAGGCCUGCCUUCACCCGGGCGAGAAGGUGCAGCACAAUUUUAAACCCUGGCAUUUCUUGCUAGCUUUAAACUCACCCUGUGGCCUACUAAGGGUGUGGGUUUUUAAAUGGCUUUGUGAGGACACACCAGCCGUGCAUGGAUUUGAAAUCUCACGGGCAAGCCCCCUGGGGGUCCGACAUCAGGAAGCCUGUCCCCGGAAGGUAGGUUGGGAGGAUCUGGGGUGAUGGCCAAGCCUGAGAGUGUGCCCAGGCCGGGGUCCUCAGUCCCCAAGCCCAGUCUCCAAACACGCUGCCCCCUCCAGCUCCCCAGCCUGGAGACGGCCCCGCGGCCAGAGGUCUGCAGGGCCUGAGCUGGGCUCGUCCCCCAGCCAGCCAUGGGAGGGCCACAGGGCCGAAGGGUGAUGAGCAUGCAGGCUGGGCAUGCCCCUGACCCCCGGAGUAUCUGUGACCCCCAUGGCACUGCACCCCAUGCCACUCCGGGCCUUCUGCACCACGAGGAACAGCUCUGUAUGCCUCAUUCGAGGCUGGGUUUGCCUUGUCUUUCUCCCGUCCUCCUUGCAUAGGUGCAGCCAAUGUGGGUCCAGGGCCCGCCCCUUGAAAGUGGAGUCUGGGGGCUCUGCCUGGUGCGGGGCACAGAAUCAGGCGCCUCCUGGCACUGGUGGACGUGAAGGCACCCUUGCCCAGCCCCCACCCCGAUCUGUCCAAACUUCCCUCUUUGCGACAGCUUCUCUUGUCCGGCUGCCCUGUGGCACUGAAGGAGAUAAGUCCAUCUUUGGGCUGACACGAUCUUUUCUGGUCACUUGAUUGUUUCAAGCUCAUUUCUGUGUUUAAGGGACAGCCUGUGUGUGGCUUCACAUCUAAUGUCUUCGUAGAACUACCUGGAAGUUUGGGGGGGUGGGGAAUAAACGAGAUAUGCCUGUC